AAUGGACAACUACGUGCCUGCAGAUGAAACAAUCGAAGAGCCACCAAAUCCAUUUCCUGCUCCAUACAACACUGCAGAUGCCAAGAUAAUGCUCGUCAGCAAAUCGAGUAAAUUCACAAAAAUCAAUGGACACGUUCGUGAUUAUUUCACAGAAAGUCCGGAUUGUAAUCGAUUUGUUGUGUUUAAGUCAACAAAUGGAGCAACUGAGAAGGCAGUUUCAUGUGUAGAAGUGUUCAAACAACAAUUUGAAGAACCCCUUUACCAAUGGACACGUGUCGUUUGUUCAAAGAGAAUUGUGUUAUGGAAAUGUCUACAAGAAGGACCUAGAGAUAUUCGAGUCACUGUUGAAGUUCCUGUCAUUUUCAUUGUCAUUUCCCGUGAUCCAUUUCCUGGAGAAUACAGUUGCAUGAGUAUGCAAUGUUCAUCUGACAAAGACAUCGCAUUCCUUCCGGUGAUUCGUACCUCACAUGGUGGAAAAGCAGACAAAAAAGGCGAGAAGAAGGGCAAUCGAAAGACAAAUGAAGGAAAUAAAUGGAUGAAGCCUAACACAGAGCAAAGGAAAAAGGAGAACAAAGAGAGGAAUCAAUUGUUGAAAGAAAUUGAAACUUCUAAAACUGAAUGAUAUUUAUCUAUUUUCGUUGUUGUUAUUUUUCAUAAUCGCAUUUGUUACCUUGUUUUUAUGCUAUCUAUAAAUUAUAAACUACCAAAAAUCCUGAGAGUCUCACCCUCAAAUCUGGGUAGCCUCACCCAAAUAAUUGCAUUUGUUAUUUUGGUUUUAUGCGAUCUAUAAAUUAUAAAUUUCAAUUAU